GAGGCCUCCAACAGGCCGCAAGCAGCCUUUUCGCAGUUGUUUUUGCUCAAGCCAUUUUGGCUCACGGCAUUUUCGGAUCAAGUUUGCCGCCUAAGGCAAACGCCGACAACGACACACACACACACACGCACACACACACACACACACCUUGAUACCUUCAGACCUCAUUUCGUACAAGUUCGGAUCGGGCUGAUGAGCAUGCCAGUGAAUCUCGCCACUGCGUUUUUGGCAGUCUCAGGGACAAACGGGAACGACUUCGACUCCUGCCUGAUGCAGAUGGCUGCAAGCCCGACUCAGGCUACAACCGUCGAGCGGCCACUCGCGGAUACUUAUGUUCAGUCCUGCCAGUCAAGGAAUUUGGGUACCCAGCAGGUGUUGGUCAACAAGCGCUACACCGACGGCUGGUGUGGCACUCGAUCUUCGCACCUGCAAUUCAGCGUUCCUUGCAAUGCUCAGGAUGCAACGCUCCUGCUGUGGCUGAUUACCUAUUCUGCUGGUACCUUUCCAAAGGUGGCCGACAUUCAGGUGCAGGGCGAGUGGUCGGAAAACGCCACUAUGUGGUCCAGCCGGCCCAGCUAACAGGAGCAUGUUUGCGAUUAUCAGGACUCCCCCUGCCCACUCGGGCAGGCGUUCGCAUGCACCGUUCCGCAGGCGAAACUCGCCGGUAAGGACCCCAUCUUGUUUGCGUUAGUUGCAGAAUGGUUGUGGGCGGGGGCCUCUGCUUGUGGGUCUCGCGAAGCCCUCGACGCGAGCACCAGACCGUCACUGGUGUUCCAGUGUCUUCAUGCAGCACCCACGAUGGCUCCGACGAGCAGCCCGACCUCGUCCCCGACGCCCAAUCCGACGAGCAGCCCGACAAGCAGCCCGACCUUCAGUCCGACCGCGUCCCCGACGUCAAGGCCGACGAGCAGCCCGACCUCUGGUCCUUCCUCUCCCCCGACGCCCAGCCCCACGCCUUCGCUGACUGCGGCCCCGACGAGCAGCCCGACAAGCAGCCCGACCUCCAGUCCGACCGCGUCCCCGACGUCGGUCCGACGAGCAGCCUGACCUCUGGUCCGUCCUCGUUUUUCCCAGGGAGUGUGGUGACGAGUUCGGCCUUUGGCGAUCCCCAUAUGAAGAAUGCAUUUGGCGAGCGUUUUGAUUUGAUGGCGCCAGGCAACCAUGUUCUCAUCAACAUCCCUCGUGGAGAGCGCGCUGAAGAAAAUCUGCUUCGCGUGCAGGCCGACGCACGCCGAUUGGGUAAACAGUGCACGGUUCCGUGUUUCCAAGACUUGAACGUGACCGGGUCUUGGGCAGAGGCAGAACAAGCCGGAGAUUUUUCGUCACAGCGCAUCGCAGAGCGAGGUCGAGGUUCCUAAGUUGGUUAGUUUUGAUAAGAUAGAGCUGAAGGUCGUUCGUGGGCAUACGGACGGCGGCACGUCGUACUUGAACGUGUACGUCAAUCAUUUAGGUCGAGCUGAGUUUGCUGUCGGAGGUCUUCUAGGCGAGGACGACCACAGCGACGCGAGCACGCUGGCGGCUGGGUGAGUGGAGCUUGUGAAUCUACAGGAUCUGCGCAUGUUUCGGAAUAGCAGUGGCUUCCAACUGGUCUCGACUGCAGAGGCAACAUACGCUGAAGCUUGUUUUCCAGUAGCUGCUCUUGUUGUUUCAGUGGUGCAGCAGUUUAUAAAAAGGGAGUCACACCCAUCAUUUGUUGUCCCCUCCUGUUGUCUCCCUCCCUUCCUUCUCUUGUUUCUUCCGCUGCGGCUUGUCAGGACUCUACAGUAUGUUCCGACACUGUGCCAGUUUGGUGUUGCCGAGUGCCAGUUUGUACAAAGGGGUUGUUCGGAUCAUGGGGGCAUGCGCUCACAACGUUUUAAUAAUAUAUCCCUUCUCUAUUCCUCCUCCUCCUCUUCCUGGUUUAGGCUGCAUUGCCUCGCACUGUCCUUCUCGCUCAUGGCCGUCCCAGCCGUUCUGAGUGUCCCGUCGCACGGCCUUUUGCUCGGACCAAGGAGCCGCAGGGAUGGUGGUUCUGCCGGCGACCGUUGCCUUGGGAACUCGGCGGGCCUUCUAGAGAUCCCUGUGGGUGGAUUUUUUUACACUAUAAGCAGGGGGUCUUACUGACUUGAACUUUUCAUCGCAGGACACCGUUGCACGUGAGA